UUACUUCCACAACGGGGGAGUCAAGAAGUGACUGUGGAGGAAUUUAAGCUCCAGUAGAGACUGUAUCCCUCUGAGCUGCUGCUCCGAGCGUAGUUUUAUAUUCUGUGUUCGAUCAGUGGAUUGAUUUGCUGAGGCAGAAUGGAAGCAUCGUUUUUAUCAGACACAGACAAUCAGACGUACGUGGAUGAGCAUUUUUACUUCGACGACACUAUCGACGGGUUCAGCGUCGCCAUGGCCGCGCUCUACCUGGUGGUUUGCAUCCUGGGACUGGCCGGGAACUCCCUGGUCAUCGUCGCCAUCUUGAAAUUAGACAAAAUGUCGUCUUCCACAACGGUGUACGUUUUCAACCUGGCCCUGGCCGACGGACUCUUCAUGGUCGGUCUGCCGUUCAUAGCGAGCCAGAACUUCCAGAACCACUGGAUGUUUGGCGACACGGCGUGCAAAGUGGUCAUGGUGCUGGACGGCAUCAACCAGUUCACCAGCGUCUUCUGCCUGACGGUGAUGAGCGUCGACCGCUAUAUGGCGCUGGCCGACCCACUUCGGUUCGCACGUUGGAGAACGCCGCGCUGCGCCAAGAUCGUGUCGGCGUUCCUGUGGCUGUUCUCGCUCCUCACCAUUCUCCCCAUGGCGCUUCACUUCUCAGCCGAUCAUGGCCUGUGUAUACCGGAGGUCGUGUCGGACGCCUGGUGGCUCGGCGUCCUCUCCUACACCUUCGUCAUGGGCUUUGCUCUGCCGUUCACGAUAAUGACGGCAUCCUACGCGGCGCUGCUGCUCACCCUGCGGUCCCAGCGUCUCCGGACCCCAACGCAGAACCAGGAGAGUCACCGGCUGGAGCGGCAGGUUACCAAAAUGGUGGUGGUGGUGGUGGUUGUGUUCGGCGUGUGCUGGCUGCCGUUUUACGCCUUCAACUUCUGCUCCUUGUAUCAAAACGGUCUGGUCCUGACCUUCGCCCGAGGUUUCGAGUUCGUGGUCCUGCUGUCGUACUCGUGGAGCUGCGCCAACCCCAUCCUCUACGCCUGCCUCUCCGACACCUUCAGGAGGCACUUCCGCUCCCUCCUCUGCCCCGCUGACAAGUCAACUCCCAGCAUGCAGUGCAACACCGAACGGUGCGACUCAAGUGACACAGGUGUGCGGGACGUCACCAUCGUGGCAUAGAGGGAGGACUAAAAAACUGACACAGCAUUUAUUUACAUUUCCUGUCACGGUGCAUCUCUCCGUUACUUUCAACUCCUCUACUCAUUUGAUUAAUCCUAAUUUGUGUUUUUAUUUUCUCCACUUAACUCGUAAACUGCUCAAGAUGUAUUAUUAUUUUUUAUUAUUUUAUGAAGUUGUACAUAUUUUCGUUGAGUUUGUUUUGUCCGAGGUGAGUGUGUUCGUUUUCUUCCUGACUGUGUUAUUGAGUUGGUCGCUUACAAGGCAGGAAUUCUGUUCAUCACCGUCUCAAAUGCAGGUGAUUACUGAGGUGUCCAC